AUGGACGACAUCAGGAACAAGCUAACGCAAUUUGCCAUCGGCGUCGGCGAGAAGUUUACGCCAGUUUUGAAGGAGAGCAAAUUCCUGGAGACCGGCGUGCUGACCCCCGAGGAGUUUGUGGUUGCCGGCGAUCACUUGGUCCAUCACUGCCCCACAUGGCAAUGGGCCCGGGCUUCCGAUUCGUCAAAAACUCGCGACUAUCUGCCAGCCGACAAGCAAUUUUUGAUCACACGAAAUGUGCCGUGUCGACAGCGAUGUCGUCAGAUGGAAUAUGACCCCCGGCAGGAAAAGGUGUUGUCAACGGACGAAAUCGGCGCCGAAGAAGGGUUUGCCGGGGACGAGGAUAGCGGAUGGGUGGACACACAUCAUUAUCAUCAACAACCACAGCAAGUCGCCAUGGAUUUGGAUCAGCCCAGCGAGAAGACGGCCUCAAACGAAGCGGACGAUGACGAUGAGGUGGAUUUGGAUGCCCUCGUCGACAGUGGAGACCUCGAGGAAGCCGAUCCGAAUCGAUUCGUGGCGCAUCAAGAGCAGCGAGGGGCAGCCGAGGUGGAGAAGCCGCGAACAUAUGAUCUCCACAUCACCUACGACAAAUUCUAUCAGGUUCCCCGGUUGUGGCUGGGUGGAUAUGAUCAUGAUCGUCGCCCGCUCACCGCCGAUGCCAUGAAUGAGGACUUUUCGGCGGACCAUGCCAAGAAGACGAUCACGAUCGAGACACAUCCCCAUAUCGAGGGUCCGCCAAUGGCCAGUGUCCAUCCCUGUAGGCAUGCCGAGACGAUGAAACGACUCUGCGAUCAAUUGACGGAAAAUGGAAAAGAGCUCGGCGUCCACCAAUAUAUGCUCGUUUUUCUCAAAUUCGUCCAGGCGGUGGUGCCAACAAUCGAAUACGACUACACGAAAAGCAUCAAACUG